UGAGAUUAACCAUCAUUGGCCUUGAGUCCGAGGAUCUCCCGCACAAGGAUCGUUUUUUCUGGAAAACCCGGUCGUCCUUGUGGUGCUAAUAAUUGGUGAAUGCAAAUCUCGGGCAGGCCUUCCACUUCCAGUCGACAAGAUGCGCUGUUGGGAGGAGCUGCUGUUGUUAGCUUGUUCGAUUGUGAUCGCUGCGGGCCAGGAACACCCGCGGGUGAAGCGGAUCGUUGGGGGCGAGCCCGCCAAAGUGCCGCCGUUCUUCAACAUAUCGGCACUCGGCACUACGACCACUCAAGUGCCGUCGGUGACGGAGCCAGUCGUUUUCGUCAAAAAAGAAAGAAGGAGUGCAGUUGUCAACGGGAUUACGAACGAAGACGGCACGUCCAGCUUCCUCGGCAUCAGAUACGCAGAGCCGCCUAUUAAAAGAUUUAGGUUUCAGAGGCCAAAACGUGUUAAGUUGAAAGGAGAAAUCGAUGCUACAAAGUUUGGACCUCCUUGUCCUCAGCCAAAUCCUUCGAAAUCAGGAAGUAUCGUUGGAAAUGAGGAUUGUUUACAUUUGAAUGUUUUUACUCCAAAGGUACCGUCAACUGGUGGUGAUUCUUUACGCCCAGUCAUCUUUUGGAUUCAUGGUGGAAACUAUAAAACAGGAUCAUCGGCCCAGUAUGUACCAACUCAUUUAGUUAAAAAAGGUGUAGUGGUCGUAACUGUGAACUACAGACUAGGAUCUCUUGGAUUUUUAAGUUUAGGCAGGAAGGAUCUGCCAGGAAAUGUUGGACUUUUUGAUAUAUCAUUGGCUCUCAGAUGGGUGAGAAAUUAUAUUAAAUUCUUUGGAGGGAACCCAAAACAAAUCGUACCAGCUGGGCAAGGAAGUGGUGCAAGCUGUGCAACAAUGCUUGCUCUUAAUAAAUUAACAAAAUCAUCUUUGACUGGUAUCCUUGCUAUGAGUGGAACACCUGUCUCACCAUUUUCAACGGAUGAAAAUGAAAUUGUUACUUCAGAUGAGGUUUCAGUUGAAAAUGGGUGCGAUUCAAAAGAAGGGGUUCAGUUUGUAAGAUGUAUGCAACAACUUCCCUUGGAACAAGUCAUGAAAGGAGAUAUUAACGUUGAGAUGAAAAGAAAAAAGAAAAAUGAAUUCCCCAAAGGUCUGGCCAAUCUUUAUGGACCCGGCCCUGCUCAAGAAGGCAACGAUGAUGAGAGAUUUUUGCCAAAUUUUAUGUUGGAAUCACCAUUAGAAGCUAUUAAAAAAGGCCACUUUCCAAAAAUUCCACUCAUGACAGGUGUCACAAAGGAAGAAACUGGUGGAGGUGUAAAAGGAAAUUUUUUGGAAGAAGUAAAAAAGCAACUUACUUCACCACAAUUUUUGCAGUCUAAAAUAUUCACAGGGGCUCUUAAUUCCAAUACAGGUCUUUUUGUUAACAGGACUGUUAACCCACAAUUAAGCUCUCUAUUCCUUAAUGGAAAUUACAUCAAGUUUUUCACAAUGCUUAUAUCUUCAGCCUUAAGUGAUGUACAGAAGAUAGUCAAACAUACUACAGAUGCUUUUUUCAAUCUGCCUGCUUUCAUAACUUCACAUCUUUGGUCACAGAAAACCAAAGUCUAUCUGUAUAGCUUUGAGCAUCUUCCUCAAGAAUCAGUAAACUCCAAACCAUUUCUUGGAAUUCCAUUGGAGUCACCACGUUCUUCAAAAACUGAAAAGAAGACAGGUCCUGAACAUGGUGAUGAUUUGGUUUAUUUAUUUGACAUAAGGAGUCUUGAAGGUGAACCAUUGAUUAAUGAUGAAUUUUCUAAAGUUGAUGAAACAGUCAGAGACCAUUUUACAACAUUAGUGGCUGAAUUUGCCCGUACGGGGAUACCAAGAUCUGACUGGACUCCUUUCACUGCAAAAGACGGAAAUUACAUGAUAAUAAAUGAUGAACCAAAACUUGCCAAAAACUUCCACAAAUGUGAAAUGGGCAUGUGGUCGGGUGAUGAAGGAUUGCUCAAAUCGCCAGAAUGCAGUGUCAUUGGCCAGGCAGGAGAUUUCGCCAAGUCCGCUGGUAGUACAUUGCUCAGUGGGAUAAAUGAUGCGUCUGGCAGAUUUGGCCUGGACAAAAUCUCUCAACUUGGAGAUGGCAGUUUACUUACCAAUCCCACGAUUCCACCAUUGUCCAAUCCGUUAAAUAAGGUUUGGGGAUCAACAGAAAAACCACCAUCUGUUCCUCAGUUGUCUAAUCCAUUAGGAAACCUUUGGGGAGGAAAUAAGCAAUCAAAUGAAAAUCCAACAAAUAAACCUGAAAUACAAGCCACUACAAAAAAGCAAGGCCUAUUCGGUGGUUUUGGUAGUCCAUUUGGAUAAAACUUUAUAAGUGGUAUAACAAAAUUUAAUUUAAUUUACAUUAAAUGAUCACAAAAGAGCAUGUAUUUUCGUUUACAAAUGUAUGUGAUGGCAAAUAAAUUUUAGUAAAAUAAUUUUAA